GCCAUGCAAAACUAUGCAACAAUGACAAAACUUCAUUUGCAUGUCAACAAUACUGUUUCUUUAUUUCCUCUUGCAAUGUAUAACAUCUUGUUCCUCUAUCUCAAUGACUUUCCAUCAUCACUCGCUCGGUGCACAUUCAGCUUGUCUGCCAGCAAGUUUGCAGCAUGGAACAACUCAACUCCACUUUUGUCAUUUCUAACAUCUCUUCUCCUGGACAUCCAUCUCCUGCCUCCUGGGACUCUAGGAGUCUGGCCCCCGCAGUGGUGCUGUCACUCUGUUUCCUGCUGGGAGUUCCUGGAAACAUCGCUGUGAUCAUCCUCAGACCAAACUGGCAGCAGAUGUCCAGAUUAAGCCAGAUUCUGAUGCUGAAUUUGGCCAUAUCUGACCUGAUCUGCCUGCUCCCACUGCCCCUGUGGAUUUACACUUUAUUGUACAGUUGGAAACUGGGACUUGUGGCAUGUAAGCUCCUAGUAUAUUUGACAUACUGCUGCCUAUAUGGUAGCCUAAUGACAGUGACAGCGCUGAGUGUCCAGCGCUACCUGAAGGUGGUGUACCUGUGGAAGUACUUCCAUCCCGUAGGAUUAAAGAGGCUGCUAGUUCUGCUCUGGCUUGUUGCAAUGAUCCUGUCCAUCCCUGCUUUGGUGCAUCGACAGUUGACCCCAGACCAGAACUGGACACACUGCGAGUCUAGUUACUCUUCCCCGGCCCAGCAGGAGGCCGUGCUGCUGACAGAGACCCUGAUGGGAUUUCUUUGCUGUUUUGUCAUGGCAUUUUCAUACAUUGGCCUUCAGAGAAAAGUGAACCAGGCCGCUUUCUUCAACAACCCACAGACCACCCAGCUGAUUACAAGUAUCAUCGUGUCCUUUUUUGUUCUAUGGAUGCCAAAUCAUAUCACAAAUGUGCUUGGUGUGGCUGCUAUUUCUCUCAAAGACAAGGGCCUGUUGAAGUUUUACAUGGACAGCUCGAACAUUGCUGGAGCACUGGUAUUUGUGAAUAGCUGCCUGAAUCCACUCCUUUAUGCAUUUGCAUUUAGAAGCAAGUGCACUGUGUGCCAGAAAGGAGAACAUUAGUACUGUUGAGUGGUAUUAAUCUUCUCAUCCAACUCUCAAAACAGGAAUAAGUUUAUUGCAUUACAAUUAGCUUCAGAGUUUUAGUAACCACGCCCUGAUCAGAUGGGUAAAGCAGUUGGAAUCCAUCAUGUUGCAAUCUGAGUGACUAGAAUCUAAUUAUAAUUACAAAAGUAAUUUAAAAUGCUGGAUGUGA